AUGCGCUCCCGUCCAAGCACUCCAAGCAGCACUCGACCGCGAAGCGCGCGAAGCGCCUCUUCGGUGCGAUUCCGCACUCCAGAGACGGUGGACCGCCCAGCUGCCGCCCAUGCUGCCGCCCAUGCUGAUUUAUCGCCAGACCUAUGCGUGGUUGGAAAAGAUGCACCAAAACGCGCGGCCAGGGGAUUUACGAACAAGGGAGGCAAAAUCGCUGGCAAACGCCAACCAGGAAGCUCGGGCUCUCGGAGACCUGCGGAGGUGCAAAGAACCCUCCCCAGAUUGGGUGAGCCAAGUGAGCCAAGUGAGCGCGCCCAGACGCUUACGCCAGAUCGGGUAGGCACCCUGCUCGAGAGUCUUGGGAUCACGGCAAACAGCGCACUAGUGAACAGAGUACUCGAUGAGAUUCAAAAUGCAGAUCGAGUCACUGAUCGAGGACCAGAUAGCCAGGCUUUAGAAUCCACCCAGGACCUGGAGACAGCUGCAGCAGCCCAAGAGACACAUCUUGCACCACGGGCGUGCCCAAGCGCAGAUUCCCGUGAUCGUCGUGGUCGUGUCCCAGGUGUGCUGGAAGAAGUUCUCGGGGAUUUUGGGAAUGAGUUCCAGCCACUGCCUUCCGUUGCUUCACCGACUUCGCCUACUUCAUCGCCUCUUCAAUCCCCUGAAGCAGUGCUGGCAAGGCUACGGUCGAUCAGGCUACGACGACGCUUGGGGAUCGCAGACUUUCAAAAAUUGGGUGAUGUGAGUGGUGACGGGCGCUUGACUUGUGCAGAACUGGGCAAGGUGCUGAGAACUGUUGGCAUCCUUGCAGAUGACAAUCUCGUGCAGAAUGUCUUUGACCAGAUAGACAGAAAUGGCAACGGCAAGAUCAGUUUAUUCGAGCUCUUCCAAGCGAUGAAGCCAUCCAGCUCCGAGAUACUUGCAGCUCUGAAUGACGUGAAAGACCGAAAACAUGUCUCCCUGUCGACUUUGUUCCGUCCGUACGAUUCGAACGGGGACGAUAAGUUGACGCCUGGUGAAUUCCACCACAUGCUUAAUGAUCUUGGCUUCGAGCUGGAUGAUGGGGCGGCGAGGGAACUGCUCAGUGUCAUCGUUCGAGACCAAGACAGGCCCUUAGAUGGUGGCAACCUGUUGCCUUUGCGGGAUCUGUCGCUGGCCUUGCAACGCGCAGGCCAGCCAGAUUUGCCAGGCCGACUCUCGAAGGCAGGUGCCACAUGUGCCACCAUGGAGGCAUCGCUGGCAUCACCCGCAAAUUCUCCAGCCAUGCCGGCAAUCAUGACCUCCGUGUCGGACGGUGCUCCUAGCUGCCCCAGCCCCGACCGUGCGUCUCAAAGCUCCCCUAGGCCCAGGCGACCAGAUACAGUACCAGAAUUUGUCAGUGGUCUUGCAACUGGACCAGCUGCGUCGGUAGUCCCUGAGAGCUGUGCUGUCCAAAACAAUUCCAUGCAAAUGUUGAUGCAUGAGCCGCAGAUCCCGCCAGAGUUCGGCAAGUCCGUUGCUGGACCUGACAGACAACAGGCCCCAUGUGGUCUGCCACUAGGCUCACCAGCAUGGGAAGGUCUCAACCGAAUUUUUUAUCGGCUGGCCCAACAAAGCCGAGAAGUCUCAACUGCAGAGCUUAUUCUCGCUAUUCGGAGCGACGUGCACGUGAGGAACGAGGGUUUGCUUCAUCGGCCAGUAAUUGCGACUGAGGAAGGCAGCAUUCCAGCAGUUUCUUUGGACGCAGCGCUUCAGCAAAUCAGCGAGCAAGUGCAGCAGGGCAUCGGACACCUGGAUACAGUGACUUGGGAUCGAUUCUACUGGCUUCUUCUGGAAGCACACAGGCACCGGGCCGUCAGAGCCGCACCACCGCCAAGACCACCUACCCGGCCUACCCUGCCCAGUACCAGCCCCAUUCCUGGAAUCAAGACCGCCAUGAUGCCAGAGAACUGUCCAGUCGAUCCGGAUGCUGCACCCGCCGCUUCCAUUGAGUGGAUGACGCGGGAGUGCAGCUGCAACCACGAGAUGUUGUAUCGACUCUUAGAAAUGUUUACAUACUGCCGUGGAACUGACCUGACGCAUGUUCGGCGUGACCGAUUUAUCCAUGCAGUGCAGAGUGGCACCUUGUAUUCUGCGCUUGUGACAACACCGUUGUUGUCGGGAUGCUCUGGCAUAGUGAGGCCGAUGCAUUGGGGUGAUGUUCUUUGGCAGCUUUCCCGCGCACAAGCUCCAAUCAUAUCCUGGUCGGACGUCGUCGCAGCCGUGUGUUGGUGCCGAGCCUGGAGCCUGGGUCUGCCCACCUCUUCUGGAUCCUCAGGGCCACCGCAAGAAAUGCAGUCUCCGCCUUCUCCACGCUCUGACUCGGCGGUCUCCGUCUCAGCAGCCAAAGCCCGACUGGAUACAUUGCUGCAAAGCCGUGCUGUCAAGUCAGCUGGUACCGCAGAAAAGCCCUCGCCGUUGCCAUCCACCAGUGCCUUACGUGACUUACGUGCGUUUGCACCUGCGGAAGCCUCCGAGCAUUUGCAGGGUGACUCUUCAUUAGAGACGGUUAGCAGGAGGCUUGCACAAGCCUCAGGUAGUGUAUUGCCCUCUCGCACGCAUCGGUCGAGGCAUCCGUGGUUGGAUGGCUCAGACGAUGAUGUUCCAUCUCGGGCACCUGUGACAAGAGCACCGGGAUCUGUGAGCAGGCCUUCUGGGCCAGCACCAGAAGUUCCGCAACUCUCUCCGCGUCGAGUGGUACGUGAGGCGCAACCGCCGGUGGCUGCUUUGCGGUUGCAGGUGAACGCUGACGCGCGGCUUCCAGACCCAGCCGAACUCGAAAAGUUGGAGGUGGAGCUUGCAAGAAUAUUGAACAUGCCGGUGCAAGCUGUCAAGCUCCAAGGUGUGAGACCAUUGUAA